UCAGAGGCAAUUGCACUCACACCAUGUAAAGAGUAAAAAGCACGUCGGUGAGGCUCACAGGCUCAUGAAAAAAAAAGUAUAAAAUUGCCAUUGAAAAAAAAAAAAGAAAGAAAUUGAAGAGGUGCAAUUUCCUCACACCCCACAAAGAGUAAAGAACCCGUCCGUGGGGUCCACAGGCUAAUGGAUUAGCAAAAAAUUGCCAUUGAAAAAUAAAAAAGGAAGAUAGAAAUUAAAGAGGUGCAAUUUCCUCACCACUCCGUAAAGGGUAAAGAACACGUUCAUGGGGUUCACAGGCUCAUGAUAUAGUAUAAAAUUGCCAUUGAAAAAUGAAAAAAAAAGAAAGAAAUUGAAGAGGUGCAAUUUGCCGUAUUCCAGGUACUUUGGUCCCUCAACGCCGCGAUCAGAGCCUCCUCCGUCUCCCCUGCACUGAGAUCUGCUCCUCAAUUUGCCUGACACCCCGCAGAGCAGAGCUGGGGAACUGCACGGUUGAGUUUGAUUUCGGAAUUCUUGACAUGGGUUCUCUCUACCUUCUGAUUCUGCUCCGUUGGGGGUUGGUUCAAGGACUGAGCUUUUCUCUCUCUCUCUCUCUCUGGAUUCUGCUUGCAGGAAUGAAGAGAAUAAGAGAAGACGCGUCCCCUGGCCCCCAAUUCAAACGUCCCUUUGGUUCUUCAAGUACGAAGGAGGCUGCUGAAAAAGACGACGAUUCAGAAGCAUCAGUCUCUGACUACGAAGUCUUCCUAAGUUUCAGAGGACCAGAUUCUCGGCAGGGCCUCGCCGAUGUCCUCUACAGCGACAUGAGAACGGCCGGGAUCCGUGUUUUUAGAGACGAUGAUGAGCUUGACAUCGGUGAUGAGAUCGGUAAGAUUUUACCGGCUAUCGAGAGCUCCAAGAUAUGCGUACCAAUCUUCUCCAGUACCUUUGCUGCCAGUGCGUGGUGCCUCCGAGAAGUUGAAAGAAUGGUCGAGUUGAAGAAAAAGAUCAUGCCGAUUUUCUACACAGCCACACCAGACGAUGUUAAGCUACGCACAGAAUUAUUCAAGAAGGAACUACGGGAGCACGAGAAGCAGCGUGGAGAAGAGCAAGUGAAGAAGUGGGGGGAGGCUCUCAAAGUGGUCGCCAGAAUCAAAGGGCGGGAAGUGAAGACCACAGGAUUUGCGGAAUUCAGCACGUUGUUUGUCAGAGCACUUCAGAUCAAGUUGAAGGUGAAAACAAAAUAUUUGACCGAUCGCCUAGUUAAAAGAGAUGAUCAUGAAGAGGCUGUAAUGAAAUUAUUGGACAUCGACUCAAGUGAUGUACGAAUCAUUGGCAUCCAUGGAAUGGGUGGCAUCGGUAAGACGACUCUUGCCAAGGUCAUCUUCAACCAACUCUCAGCUAGAUUCGACUGUUGCAGUUUCCUUGAGAACAUCCAAGAAUCCUUAAGGCAUAAUGGUCUUGAAUGCUUGCAAAAGCAGUUGGUGGAAGAUCUCGAUCCAAAGUUGAAAAACUUUCAAAAGAUCGACACAAUCACAAUGCUCCGAGAAAAUUUUCGUAGGAGGAGGGCUCUCAUCGUCCUUGAUGAUGUUAAUCAAAGAAAACAAACAGAGAUGAUGGUCGGGAUGUUGGGUUGGUUUGGCUCUGGAAGCAGGAUAAUCAUAACAACUAGGGACAGAAGUAUUUUCACCAGAGAAGCUUGUACUCUCGCUAUGCAGGAGAUGGAUCGUGACCAAGCUCUCCAACUUUUUAGUAGACAUGCCUUUGGAGAAGACUCUCCUCCGAGUGACUUCCGAAUUCUUUCAGAGGAAGUUAUCCCUCUUACUGGAAGACUUCCUUUGGCCAUCGAAGUCGUAGGUUCCCUUCUUUGUCAAUGUGAGAAGAAGAGAUGGAAAGUGACAAUUGAGCGGCUAAAGAAAGUGCCCAAUCGAGAUGUUCAAGAAAAGCUGAAGAUAAGUUUUGAUGCAUUGGAGUUUGACCAAAAACAAAUAUUUCUUGACAUAGCCUGCUUUUUCAUCAACAAGGAGAGAUCUAAUGCAAUUCUAAUGUGGGAAGCUUGUGACUUUGACCCCGAUUAUGGAAUUGAGGUCCUUGUUUCCAUGUCUUUGGUGAAAAUUACGGAGUACAAUAAAUUUCAAAUGCAUGACCUUAUCAAAGAUCUUGGAAGGGAGAUUGUUCGCGAGGAAUGCUUUGGUGAUCCUGCCAAGCGUAGCAGGAUAUGGUCAAGCAAAGAAGCAAAGGAGCUAUUUAAGAUAAAGCAGGAAAAAGAAAAUGUUGAAGGGCUGUUUCUGGAGAAAUUAUAUGGCGACUGCAUUCUCAAACACGAGCAGUUUUCAGGUUUUCGAAAUCUAAGAUUACUAAAAUUGGUGGGUGCAAAGCUGACAGGUGACUUUGAGAAUCUCCUUCCAAAGUUAAAGUGGUUCACAUGGCAACGAUGUCCUUCCGAUUUCGCUGCGACCAAUCUAACAUUGGAGAAUUUAGUAGUUCUUGACCUUUCCGACAGUUUUAUCACUGAAAACUGGGCUGGCUGGAACAUGGUUCAGAUAGCAAAGAAUUUGAAGGCCUUAGACCUCACUGGGUGCUGUAACUUGACAAGUACACCUGACUUGUCCAACAAUGAUGCUUUAGAGAGAUUGAUUCUCAGAGGAUGCCGUAAUUUAGCUGAAAUACACGGCUCCAUCAAUAAGCUGACAAGACUGAAGCAUCUUGAUCUUCAAGGCUGUCCUUCUCUGAGAGGAUUGCCCGAAGAGAUAGGUUCGCUGGAAGAUUUGGAAAAGAUUUUGGUGGACGGGAAUCAUGGAGCUCCUUUCCACUUACCAGAAUCAAUUGGUAAUUUAUGCUCUCUAUCUGUCAUGAAAUUACAUGGGGUGGAAAUUACGAGAAUUCCCGACUCUAUUGGAGGACUGGUGAAUCUCACGCACCUCUCUAUGCAGUUCUGUAGUGGCAUGAAGACACUUCCAGACACAAUGGGGGAUUUGAAAUCACUAGUUGAGUUAGACAUGUCUGGUACAGAGUUGAGUGCAUUGCCUAACUCUGUUGGACGGCUAACUCGACUUCAGUCGCUGCGUUUAGAUUCAUCGAAAAUUUCGAGAAUUCCCGAUUCUAUUGGAGGAUUGGUGAAUCUCACGUGCCUCUCUAUUGUAAACCAUAGUGGCAUUAAGACACUUCCAGACAGUAUCGGAGAUUUGAAAUCGUUAGUUGAGUUACAGAUGGUUUGUACAGAGUUGAGUGCAUUGCCUAACUCUGUUGGACGGCUAACUAGACUUCAGUCGCUGCGUUUAUUUUCAACGAAGAUAGAGGGGCUUCCGGACACCCUAGGAGACAUGGAAUCAUUAGUUAGGUUAUAUUUGUCCGGCAAAAAUUUAAGUGCGUUGCCUGAUUCUGUUGGACGACUAAGUAAACUCAAGGGUUUGGAGUUAAAUUCAACGAAGAUAGAGGAGCUUCCUGACUCUUUUGGGGAUUUGAAAUCGUUGGUACAUUUGGAUCUGAGCUCAUCCAAACUGAGGAUUUUACCGGAUUCUGUGGGAGAGAUGUCUGAAUUAUCGGAGUUGUUUCUGCGUGGUUGCAACAUAAGAAAGUUGCCUAGUUCUAUCUGGAAGUUAGCAAAGCUAGAAUUCUUCUCUGCUGAUUCACAAGGCAUAGACGAGAUUAAGAAUUCGACAAAUUUAGAAAUUUUGGAGUUGUCCUGUUUGGGCUCGGAAUGCCUCCCGCAACUUCCGUCCACACUAGAGUUAUUGAGCCUGUACGAUGUCUCGGCAAGGACAAAACUCCCAGAUUUCUCCAACUUGGAGAGGCUGUGGAAGCUAGAAUUCAAAGAUUGCUUCCUAAAAGAUGAGCAGCUGGAAGGUCUGCGAGUGUUGCAGGAACUGCGUAGUAUGCAUAUAGGCAAUUGUUCGGAGGAGCUGGUCAAGUUCUCCUGUCAGAUGGGAAAUUUGACCGAGCUGGAAAUCCUUGGCGGGGAAUACCUUUCUGAGUCACCAUUGCUUGAUUUCUCACGCUUGGAAAAUCUCGAGAAGUUAGUUCUAUGGUCUUUGGAGGAGCUCGCCGAGAUUCGCGGCCUCAGAGAACUGGAAUACCUGGCGGAAUUAACUAUCGGGGACUGCGAUUCCCUGGAAAUGAUUGGGAAUCUGUCGGAAUCGAAAAGGCUAAAGAAGAUCUUUAUAGUGCGCUGCUCAAAGCUAAGAGAAAUCAGAGGCCUCAACAAAUUGUUCUUGGCAUCUAUACGCAUCGAGGGCUGCGGAUCUGUGAGAAAUAUUGAUGAACUGAAGAAGAGAUGCGCGUGGGGAAAAUUCGAUGGAUUAGAAGUUGAGAACAAUGCCGAUUGAUGAGGUAAAUAUUCAUAGCAUUACAGCACAUAUGGAUAUCUUAGUUGAUAUAACAAUUACGAGCAGUAAAUUAAGAUAAUCAUACGACGAUAUAUCAGUUACAGCACAGUCAUAUAAUGAUUUAUCAAAGAAAGAUGCAGAGAGAGAGUGAAGAUUCAGAACUGCAGCAAUGGCGGGGUUGCAGAGAUCUGCAGAGGCUUUCAGGAGGCAGGGCUCCUCACUCCUCAGGCCUUGUGUGGGACGACAAGUUCCUCUCAGGGAAGCUCAACCAAGUGAACGACGGAGCCGGCAAUGAGGCCAACAAGCCGAAAGAUCCCGACGGCAGGCAAGAACCGUCCCGCGAUUCCGAGAAGCUGUCAAGGACUGCCCGCAGUCCUCUUCCCCCGAUCGAGACGGCGGCCCUGGAAAGGAACCACAACCACAACCACACUUGACGACCUCUUCUCCCAGAAAAUGGAAAUGCUCGACUGUCGAGGGGGAUUAGUACGACAUACUAGUCAGCCUGGAUUUAUGGAAGUGUGGAUGAGUAUCAGGCAGUAGCCUUAAGCCUUGUCUGCGUUUCGGGAUCUUGGAGUUCCUGCAAAGCUUUUGGCUGAGAUGUGAUAGUACUUUCGUUGUAUUUUCAGUAGUUAUUGUAUACUUCAAAUGCAUUAACAGUCCCGUGGACUUAGUAGAUUACGCCAAUCAUUUGCUAAUCAGUUCAAAAUGUUAUGUUUUAUUGAA